UUAUUACCCUGCUACAAGCUACUAAGUUACUACUGGAUGCUUGCUGCACUGCUGCUGCUGCUCACCACUCUCACUGCUGCUGCUGCUGCUACUAAUAGUAGACUAACUCAACUUCUGUCUCUUGUCUCUCUCUCUCUCUCUCUCUCUCCCUCCACUUCCUCUUCCUCUUUACCUUCACCUCAUCCUCUUUCUUCUCUCUUCCUUCCCCUCCCCUCUUCCCUUAUCUCUUCUUCUUUCUUCACCAUCCCUCUCCUUUGGAAUAAAUCUUUCUCUCCCCCCUCCCUCUUUCCUCUCGUCGCUCCUGAUCAUUCCUUCAGGUCGACGAUCACGCCUCCUUGUCUCAAUCACUUGGCUCAUCUGUCAUUCUCUCUCUGUCAGAUAUCGCUUUGCCUGGUGUGUCCUUUUUGGAAACUACCACGUUCAAGAGAAUCGUAUCAGUAAUUCUCUGAUGGGAGAAACUAUUAUUGUGUUCUCCUUUCCGUUUUUUUUCAGAAUUAAG